UUAGGGUUAGGGUUUUUGAUAGAGGAACAAACUGAACCUCGAUUUCCAUCAGCGGCGAUGGCAGAGACGGCAACGGUGGAGAUAAACAAGCAACAAUCAGAGCAGGUUGGAACUGGAGUAGUGAAGAGGAAGCCGGUGUUUUUGAAGGUUGGUGAGCUAAAGCCUGGAACCACCGGCAACACUCUCGCCGUCAAGGUGUUAUCUUCCACCACCGUACUAGACAAGAAAUCUCGCAAUACGUCGUCGUUCAGUGGCCGUUCAGGCGCUGCUCAUACUCACAUAGCUGAGUGCCUUAUUGGUGAUGAAACCGGCACCAUUGUUUUCACUGCCCGUAACGAUCAAGUUGACUUGAUGAAGCCUGGAACCACAGUAAUAAUCCGUAAUGCAAAGAUUGAUAUGUUCAAAGGCUCAAUGAGAUUAGCCGUUGAUAAAUGGGGUCGCAUUGAAGUCACUGAACCUGCAACUUUCACUGUCAAAGAGGACAACAAUCUGUCUUUGGUCGAAUAUGAACUGGUAAAUGUUGUUGAUGAAUGAUUCGGGAUCAUCUUGAGGUACGAUUCUUCUUGGGGUUUGGUAUACGACUACUUUUGUUGGGGGGUCUGUUUAGUCUUUCUUGUUGAUAUCGUUUAACUUGAAUAGAACUAGUCUAUUGUCCUAAUUGGUUUCUUUCUAAAAGAAUCAUCUUUUGAAUUCUCACGAUUCCUCAUCUGUUCAUAUGGUUGGAGUGGUUUACUUUUACGCGAAAGAAAGAUUCAGUAUGUUAAUAGUAAUCCGUAAAAACAAUGGUUUGUACUUGUGAAUUCUAAUCUGAAUCACUUAUGGAAAUUUUCCCAAUCUGGGAUGAAUCUAAUAUGGUUUUUUAUUCAGUU